AUGAGGCUUCAAGUUGGUUCUCCAACUAAUGAUUUAGAUGAGACAAAAACAUUUGUUGAAUGGAUUCUUAAAAUUAGUGAAUGUAAUAUUGGUGGUCCUAAUGAUGGUGAAUCUCAAGUUGAAUUUUCAGAAGACAUUAUCGUUCGCUUUAUAGAUAAAGCUAUUUUGGUCUCUACAAAUGAAGAUGUUGAUGUUAUCAAUGACUACAAAUUAGCAUUAAUGAAAGAUGGAGAGAAAAUUUUUGAAUCUCCACCAACAAAUCUAACCACAAACUCUACCUCCCAAUUCAUACUCCUCGAUCCCAAAACCAACCGUAUCCCCGGUUGGUCAUUCAACGAUACCGUUUGGUAUGUGACAGCUGGCGAAAACGUUUCUCUGCCCGGAAACGGUCAUGGCUUGCAAUUGGGUCCAAACAGUAUGAUUAACCAAACAUUCAAACAGGAUGGAAAUUACGAUUAUGUCCUCACAUUUACACUUGCUCCAAGCAGUCCCGAUUGUGCCAACUCCACUUCUGUAAAUGUUUCGGGCCCUACUGCUUCUGAAGUAUUCUUCUUCAGAGAAUCACUAGGGACCGAAAUGUGGCAAACCUAUGCUUAUUCGUUAUGGAACCAAAGGGGUCUUAUGAGCCUACAAAUUCAAAGUACAUCAACAAGUAAUAGUAAUAAUAUAACUUGUUGGCCUAUUGUCGACACUAUUGUCCAAGUUGAUAAUGGGUUUGUGAAUAGUGGAUUUGAAGUGGGACCAGCCUUUAUCGAGAACUCCUCUCAAGGAGUCCUACUUGAGGCUGAUUCCAGCUAUCCUCACAGUUCAGUCCAAUCUCCGCUCCAAUAUUGGACCAUUUUAGGUAUAGUGAAAUACAUUGAUUCGAAACACUAUGCGCGAGGUCGAGCAGUUGAGCUGGUUUCUGGUAAUCCAUCGGGGAUUGUGUCAAGUGUAGGCUUUUUGAAACACGGGCAAGUUACCAUUGAUUUCAUCAUGGGUGAUGCCAAUCACUCGUGUGUUGGGGAUUUUUUUAGUGUUUUUGCAAGUUGGAGACACGAUGAGUUAAAUUGGUAA